ACAACAAGAACAGUCGUGCCUGUUGGAGAUGAAUGAAAACGGAUGUCCACCAGCGGCAGCAGCAACCCCCACGAGGCCAAAAACACCUGGGAGUGCCACGCAAGGACCAGAAGUGCUGGCUCCUCCAUCGGCUGUACCAGCUACAGUCCCAGCAGCAGCACCGGCUGUGUUCCAAACACCGUGCAGAAAGGAUGACGCGCGUCACCGCUGCAGCAAUAGCAGCAGCAGCAGCAGCAAAGGUAGCUGUAGCGUUAGGAAGAUGGCCAAUGGUGAACGGGCUAGCGUUGGGGAUGGCGAAGGGAGGGCGGAGCUGACGACGCCGGCGUGCCGAGGCGGAAGCUGCGCGAUUUGCCUUAGCCCACUGAAGAAGCCAUCCGGGGCUAAAAAGGAGGUCUACACCGUUCGGCUGUGCCAGCACAUGUUCCACCGGGCAUGCCUGGUGGAAAACCGACGAGCCGGCAACACGGGCUGCCCCUACUGCCGUGGCGAUCUGGAGCGUGGCCUCACGCCGGAGGCCACCGCGGCGGAGAGGGAAGCGAAGGUCCUCGCGGCGCAGCAGCAGGACCAGAGGGAGGCGAUAAGGAACGCGGCCGGGCGGGCUCGCAUGGCGUUGGCGAGGAGCCUAAGAUUGCGUGAAGAAGUACUUGCACGCGAGGCGGCGACAGCAGCGGCAGCGGCUACCGCGGCCGAAGGGGGCGGAGACUCGACACUAGUCCAAAGCUACUGAUAGCCCCUUCGUCUUGUACUUGAACAUUCCGGAACCAUAUGCGGUCAAGAAUAAGGAUAACUCAAACUUGCCUAUGUAAAAAUAGCACCGGAUAGAAGGGUGGAUGCACUGAGGGACGUAUAGUUUUCAGUGUAGAGCACAAGAGUGGCAUUGCUUUCACCGUCAGAAUCACCGACAGCGGUGUGGGGCUGCAGUGUCGGCAAGAAGAGGGUCCGAGGCUUUGGGACAACAGGUGUCCGAACGAGAGCUCUUUGGAAGAGGAUCUCGCGUGCACACUUCAAAACAGCAGUGUCAACAGGUGUAGAAGCAAGGGAGAAGUGG